ACUGGAACAUUUAAAUGAGCUGUCUACAGGGGUCGCUGUUGUUCCAGAUGUCUUCUUCGGCUGUCAGUCAGCUGCGAAUGACAACAUUGCCCUUCUUCCCUUCCACCGCAAAACUGACAAAAGACAAGAAGCAAACAGCUUCUGGACUUCAAGCUCAAACUUAAGCGUACAGUCUUUAUGAGCCACUGGGAGCGGCAGCAGCAACAUGGCAGAUGACAAAGACGUGCUAAGAGACGUCUGGUUUGGUCGGAUCCCCGCCUGCUUCACCCUCAACCAGGACGAGGUGACAGAGAGGGAUGCUGAGCCUUAUUAUCUGCUGUUGCCUAGGGUGAGCUACCUGACGUUGGUCACCGACAAGGUGAAGAAGCACUUCCUCAAAUUGAUGAAGGCUGAGGACGCAGGGGAAAUGUGGUUCGAAUAUGAAGGGACGCCACUCAAAUGGCACUACCCAAUCGGCGUUCUGUUUGACCUCCAUGCCUCCAACUCAGUCUUGCCGUGGAGCAUUACGGUGCACUUCAAGAACUUUCCGGGCCAGGACCUGCUCCACUGCUCGUCCAGCUCUGUAGUGGAGGCCCAUUUCAUGUCCUGCAUCAAGGAGGCGGACGCGCUCAAACACAAGAGCCAAGUGGUCAACGACAUGCAGAAGAAGGACCACAAGCAGCUGUGGAUGGGCCUGCAGAAUGAUAAGUUCGAGCAGUUCUGGGCCAUGAACAGGAAACUGAUGGAGUACUCCACUGAGGAAGGAGGAUUCCGAUACAUCCCAUUCAGGAUAUACCAGACGAUGAGCGACAGGCCCUUCAUUCAGAAACUCUUCCGUCCCGUUUCACCCGAAGGCAACGCUCACACGCUUGGCGACCUGCUCAAAGAGAUCUACCCCGUAGCAUUACCUGAUCACGAUGAGCAGAGGCGCUACCAGGUCGUGAUCCACGGCAUCGAGCCACUGCUGGAGACACCUCUCCAGUGGCUCAGCGAGCACCUCAGCCACCCGGACAACUUCCUCCACAUCUGUGUGGUGCCGGCUCCCUCCGACUGAAGCCCGUCCAACCUUUACUGUUGCCAUGGUGAUGGACCAUACUAACUCUUUCGGAGAGCGGGCAAUGAGAUGAAUUCCCGAUGUUUCUCCCAGAACUACUCCUGACGCACAUCCUCUUCGUCGGAUGAUGACGUUGACUAUAGGUGACCACAUUCCCUCACCUCAUCCACCAUUUUGAGCCCUGGUUUGGAAAGCUGUUCCAGCAUUUAUUCUAUAUCCUUGAUAAAAUAAUGUAAUUGUAUGCCCUUUGUCAUCAUUGGUAAGAUAAACUUUAAUAACUAUAGGGGUGCACGAAUAGAACCACUCCAUCUUACCAGUAAUGUUUCCUUUUCCCACUACUGCCCUCUCCAAUUGUAUAUCAUUCACACGCACUAGUAGGACAACUUUGGCAUACUAGUGAGACAACUUACAUGUUGCCAGUGAGCCAAAACUGUGCACUAUGAGACAUAUGUGUGCUACUAGUACUACUCCUGAAAUACUAGGAGUUAAUUUGUCGAAUUUUAGAAUGUCACUAGUAGUCCUAGUAGCAUGGAAUCAUCAAUUUUGUGCCGAGUUUAUCUUCACCAGUAACCUUUCAUUGGCCUACUGUUACGCUUAAGCAGGGGUGUCAAACUCAUUUCGAUCAUGGGCCACAUUGUAGUUCCGGUUUCUGUCAAAGGGCCCUUUUGACUGAAACCAUGAAAAUCUUUACUUGACACAUCAUGCUUACAUAUUAAAAUUUAUCAACUAGUUUUGGAAUCAGAAAUCAAGGGUAAUGGGUUUUUCAACUCUUGUUGAUAUUUGCUAAUACAAAAACGCUUGCAAUAUCUCAUUGUCAUCAUUUAUAUGACAUGACAAUUUGAAAUUUUGGUCCAGAUUUUACAAAAAUCAUGGAAGUUGGUACACAUGAUUUGCCUUUGUGGGCCACAAAAAACGUGACCCGCAUCUGGCCCCCAGGCCUUGAGUUUGACACAUGUGCGCUAAAGUGAUGACAAAGACUAAAGUGUCACCUAAAGCUGGAUAUUAAGAAUAGAUGCGCAAAUCAUAUAAGAUAAUUCAGCACUCUAGGAGAAAGACGAUGUGUCUUACGAGAAAUAUUUUUCCACUACUGUGUGACAUUUUUGCCCACGAGGAGAACAAGUUUAACUUACGAAUACAAGUGCAUGUUACUAGUGAAGAAAAAUUGCUCGUGAGCAUCUUGGUGCUCCGAGUCAUCUUCAGGUGGUCAAUAUUGUGUGACACAUGGCUACUAGUUGGGCCUUGUAGUGUCAUUAGUGUACCACGGUUUAUUAGAAGGUCAAAAGUGUUGCUAGUAGUGCUGAGUAAGUGUUAUUAGUAAGACAUGUUAAUACUUCUUGUGCACUAAAGAGUCUUACUAGUGAGGACAGAGUGUACUAGUAAAUGGACCUUAAGCUGGAUGGAUAUCAAGAAUAAAUGCUGAAAUGUGUUUUUAAUACCCAGGAAAUGACUAAUAAGCAGGUAUAUAAGAGCACCAGCCAUGACGAUGGGGAAAAGAAAUUGUGGCCACAAUGUCGAUAUAACGUGUACAAAAUGCUAAUUUGUGCCCCCACGUAGUGACACAAAAGUAAUCUCUCUAUUACAUCCACAGUUGUAAUGUUUUUUGUCCACGUCGUGUCUAGUGCUCCAUAAGUUUGUGGCCAUUUCAACUCGCAUUUUCUUUUAUCCAGGUUGUUGUUAUGUCUUUCAAAUGUUCCUUUACUGUGGUUUGCAGUCAAAAGCAGGAACAAUAAACUGCUUGUUUGUUUGUGCGGCCGCCUUUGUUUACGCGCCAUUCAUGUGGUUGCGUCACGCCUCGGUUUCGCCUCUUUUUGGACGUUACUUCAAUUGACCGCAUUUAUUGAUAUUUUAUUUUUAGCCGUCCCAUGUUUUGCGGCCGAUGUCCAGUUGGGAUGGAUGAGGCCCAGACUGGAUCAGUUUUCUUUGGUGUGUGUCACUAAAUACCCAUCAUCAGCUUCCAAACUUUGUUUUUUAUAUAUAUUCAGUAUCUGGGCUACUCUACCAAACUGGUGCCAUUUGCUUGUUGUAACUGUCGGAAUCACCAAAAAAAUUGUCAUUUUUGUAACUCUAAAUCAGAUAAUAUACAUAUUGAACCAUGCAAAAUGUGUAUUGGCUCAUCACAGGAAACUUUACUUUUUUUAUUAGUUUUAUUUCACUGAAACUCCUCAUUUGAGUAACAGGUGUUUUUAGCAUAAUAUUAGUAAAUGCAUCAAAUAUGACCACAUGGAAUUGAUGCUAAUAACAUGUUGACAGGAAGCACAUGAAAGUGAUUUAAAAAAAAUAAAUCCCCACAUUGAUAUUUGUUUGUAUAUACAAAAAAAUAAAUAAAAUAAGUGAUGUUUUGGGCUUCCCGUGGCCUGCCAUGGAUUUGAAUGA